AUGCAAGUUUCCGGAUAUAUUGUUUUCUCCAUCGUGUGUGGAUUGGUGAGAGAAGGACUUCAGGCAAAUGCGUGCACCACUUUCCAUAACUUGGUUGGAGUUUGUACAUCAAGGGAAUACUGCGCCGUCGAAAAUAGAGAAGAAUUGUUAAACAAUCCAAAUGCUUCCAAAGGGGAAUGUUCGCACAUUGAAGUGUGCUGUCCCGAAGAUAAAGUUACAAGCGAGCCUUUCGAAUAUGCAAAUGAUGACUAC